AUGCCGAUUACCCCGAUUCUGCAAGCCACCGAUCCCGAAGGACGCGGUGUCGUUGAAGAAUGCCACGACAUAGAGAAGUCCACCAUGGAGGUGGUCGACAAGAUGGCCAAGCUCGACCGCGAACUGUGCGCCGUGGAGCGAAAUCUGAGGCAGUACUGGAUCAACGUGACCAACCAGACCGUGACGCCCCUGGAGCUGAUGAAGUUCGUUGCGGAAGUCCAUUGUAAAAUCGAUCACCUCUUCAGCGACCUCCGCAGCUGUGGCCUCAUGCUCAUGGCGAUCGAAGAGCAGCAGUUGAAGCUGUCGAAGCAGUGCACGGAUGCUGAGUGCACCAGGGAGCUUCUCAACCGCGACGUCUAUGCUGGUCUGCUCCGGCUUGUGUGUGGACUUCCUGCCUUUGGUGAUGAUGAUGAUCUGAUUUUUCAUUAG